AUGAAUACUUAUAAAAAGCCUCUUAAUAACAUUGAGUCACUCAGAAACCAGAUCCAGUAAUUGCAAUUAGAUCUCACAAAAUAGAAAUAGAACAUUAUUAGCAAAAUUUAUGGAAAUCGCAGCUUCGAAACAACCCCCACGAUGAACUAAGAAGAAGGCUAGAAGUCUGCACUAUUUUAGAAUAAAAUUUCAAUGAGAAAAGACACACAAUUGCAUUAGGAUUGGAAUAUCUACAAAUCGAAAUAAAUCGAAAGAGAUAAGUUACAACUCCAAGAUCAAUUACAUUAGUUGGAGAAUGAAAAAAAGAAAAAAUUAGAUUAGCUUUUUCAGGGUAUUGAGUGCCGACCUAUUACGAGAGUACCAACUCAAGAAGCAGUAAGUCAAUGAGGAAUUUG